AUGAGCAGACCUGUCUCUCCGUUUCCAGACUCAUCGGCAAAGACGGCAAAAGCCAGCGAGGAUGUCCAAGUGAUUUUCGACGAGGCCUUGCCGCCUCAUCAGGCCUACGAUGUCACCAAACAAGCCGAAUCUCACUUUCUCGAGCCUCCACAGCAAAGAGCGCCUCAUAGGCCCUUGUCUCCGGACACACUGUCCAAUCUUUCUGUAGAGGAGUUUGACCAGCUGGGUCCCAGGAACGAUGAACCAUCUAGAUGGCUAGAUGGUGGACACCAGGCAAUAAAACCAUCCUGGACGGCCCAAUGGCAAGCUAAGCUUCAUGCCAGCUGGCUACGGAACGCCGGCCUGUUCUACAUGUUGCUAGCCCAAGUGUUUGGAGUGAUGAUGAAUGUCACCACUCGAUUACUGGAAAUUGAAGGCAACAAAGGCAAAGGACUGCAUCCUUUCCAAAUUUUGUUCGCACGUAUGUCAAUUACCGUCGUCCUCUCAUCACUAUAUAUGUGGUACACAAAAACACCACAUUUCCCAUUCGGAAGCCGAGAAGUCAGAUGGCUGUUGGUCGCGAGAGGUCUAGGUGGAUUUUGGGGCGUGUUUGGAAUGUAUUACUCGCUCAUCUACCUGCCACUUGCAGACGCAACUGUCAUCACGUUUCUCGCACCCAGUCUCACCUGCUGGGUCUGCUCGAUCCUACUCAAAGAGCAGUUUACCAGGAUUGACAAGAUAGGAAGUCUCGUGUCCUUGAUAGGUGUGGUCUUCAUCGCGAGACCGACAUCGCUUUUUUUCUCGUCUGCAGAAGCACCUGCAGCCAGUGGGAACACUGAUGUAGUGCCUGGAGCUAAUAGCACAGUGACCAUUCCGGACGCGUCCAACUAUGACAACGUCACACCUGCUGAGCGAUUGGCAGCCGUAGGUAUCGCGCUGGUCGGUGUAGGCGGAUCAGUGAUUGCGUAUACGACGAUCCGGUGGAUUGGCAAGAGAGCUCACCCACUGAUCAGUGUCAAUUACUUCGCUACGUGGUGCACAAUAGUCAGCAUUGUGGCCCAACUUACACUUCCUGGUAUUGGCUUCCUCCUUCCUGCCGAUGCAAAGGAGUGGGGAUACCUUGUUUUCCUUGGAACGUGCGGAUUUAUCAUGCAAUUUCUUUUGGCAGCAGGACUGAGUUAUGAAAAGUCAUCGCGAGCUACCAACAUGGCGUAUACGUCGAUGCUGUUCGCACUAGGAUUUGACAGAUUCAUCUUUGGACAGACACCAGGAUUGACAUCAAUUGUUGGGUCGACAUUGAUACUUGGGUCGGCGAUAUACAUGGCCAUGCAGCGAGACAAGGGUAGCGGGAAUCGGACAAAUGAGACUAGAACAGAAAUAGGACAAGAUAGAGAUGAAGAGGAAGGUUUGAUGAGAGGAGCAGAGGAAGGAGACGAGGAAAUUGACCGAGGCCGACAGAGCAUGAUUGAAAUGGGACAAAUGGAGACUAGACGGGAAUGA